AUGUCCGGCGUGAGUGCACAAUGGUGGAGCUUGGUGGUGAUCCUGCUCGUCGGUGUGUCCGUGGUCAGUGUCGUCGAGUCGGCGACGAUUGGUGCGCUGGCAGGACGCGAUAGCGAAAGUGAUGAAAGCCGCCAGCAAAGCGAAGAAGAAACCAUUACCGGGAAGGCAUCAUUCACCGCGUACGAUUAUGUGGCCGUCGGUGUGAUGUUGGUCAUCUCGAUUGGAAUCGGCGUCUUUUAUGGGUUUUUCGAGAAGAAAAGUGGCACGGACGGGUCGGACAGUGGAUCGUCCGAUGACUUUCUGCUCGGUUCCGGUAUGAGCUUGUUCCCGGUGACGCUUAGCCUUACGACGAGCUUUAUCACUGCGAUCGAGCUGCUCGGCAACCCGUCGGAGAUGUUCUUCAACGGGACACAGUUUUCGCUCAUCGUGAUCUCGAUGGCACUGGUCGUACCGGUUGCGGUGAAGGUGUUCUAUCCCAUCUACUUCAAAUUGGAGGUUACCAGUUGCUACGAGUACCUGGGCAUGCGGUUCGAUAAGCGGAUCAGAGUGUUCGGGGCCGUGCUGUACGUGCUGCAGAUGCUGUUCUACACGUCGGUGGCCGUUUUGGCCCCAGCCAUCGCCCUCUCGGAAGCAACAGGUCUGAACCGGUACAUCGCCGUCGUCCUGAUCUACUUCGUGUGCAUUUUCUACUCGUCGCAGGGCGGCAUGAAGGCGGUCGUUAUCGCUGAUACGUUUCAGGCAUGUGUGCUGUUGCUAUCGCUGGUGCUGAUACUUGCCCUCGGUACGCACUACUCGGCCGGACUGUCCGAUGUGUUCAGCCGGGCGUCGGACCAUGGAAGGAUUGAAUUUUUCAACUUCGAUCCCGACCCGACGACACGCCACUCGGUGUUUUCCGUCAUCAUCGGGGGCUUUUUCUACUGGACCUCGAUGUUCUGCACCAAUCAGGCGUCCGUUCAAAAAUGCAUGUCAUUAAAAUCGCUGCAAACGGCCAAACUCGCACUCUACUUCUCCCUGCUCGGAUUGAUUGCGGUGUUUUUGAUGAACUUCUACACGGGAUUGAUGACUUUCGCCCACUAUUCCGACUGUGACCCGCUGGCCGCGGGCCAGAUCACGGCCAAGGAUCAACUGCUGCCGUUCUACGUGAUGGAUGUGUUUGGGCAUAUCAAAUUCAUGGCCGGCAUAUUCGUGGCCGGCAUUUUCGCCGCCAGCCUGGGUACUGUUGCCGCGGCCCUGAACUCGCUGGCGGCCGUCACAUGCGAGGAUCUGCUUGUCAGCGGGAUGAAGAUGAAGAUACCGGACGGCAAGGGGGCACUGUACGCCAAGUGGAUGUCCUUGGGCUUCGGGUUGGUUUCGUUCGGGCUGGUGUUCAUCGUCGAGCGGCUCGGUGGCAUCCUGCAGGCAACGCUCACGCUGAACGGGCUGAUCGGUGGCGUAACGCUUGGGUUGUUCAGUCUUGGAAUAUUUUUCCGGCGCGCCAACGGCAAGGGCGCAAUGUUGGGUGGCAUCAUCGCACUCGUGCUGGUCGUCGUUAUUGGUGUGUUGGCGCAGGUGAACAACGAAGAACCACCACCACUGUCAUCUUCGGUGGACGGCUGCAAUGCUACGGCUGCCUGGGACCGGCAGGACUUUGCGUACGAAACGGAACCGUCCGGUGGCGAAGGGCUUUUCAUGGCGCUGCAGCAUCAUCCCGACCAAGAUGGAGCCCUGGGAAGCGUUCUCACAAUCGCGCUUCAGAAGAGUUGGAAUGGCGAAGAACUGGAUAACAAUUUUUACAGGUUGUCCGGUGAAGAUGGUUCCCCAGAAUCGUCCCCAUCGCGUAGGGACGUCGUGAAAACAUCCUUCAGACAGACCGACUCACCCGAUGACUCAUCCUCGUGGUUCGCGCCCGUGUACCGGAUCAGCUACAUGUGGUACAGCUGCCUCGGGACGGUGCUGACGAUGCUGUUCGGUAUCAUCAUAUCCUUCCUGACCGAGGAGGACUCGUUCGCUCGCGGACUUUGCUGCGGUGAACCUGCCACCGAGUCUGAACUCCCGUGUCCAAACACCAACCAGCGAAUGGGCACUCAGGGUAGCGAGAAAUCGAUACCACCGACGGAUGAAAAGCAACCGAAGCUAAGCGUUGCGUCGAUGGCCCCGUUGGCGCUGAUGAUGCGCACCUCCGUAAAGCUGAGUCCUUCGGGUGGCAAGUCGCAGAAAGUCUCACCGAACGAGGCAAGCAUCGGUUCCAGCAUGUCGAGCGUGUUUUCCCUCGACCAAGUGACGCUCUCGUCCGAGCUGGGGUUGUACACGGACCAGGAGAUGGACCGGAGGGAACCACUGCCGCAGGUGACCGGAUCGGAACCAACGGCACCCGAGAGUGAAGCGAUGGCCAAUAAUGGAACCAGCCACUUGGCACUCCCAUCGCUGCGGGUGGAACGGGAAAGAUUUUAA